AUGCAUGAGGUGUUUCAAGAGCAUGUUCAAAUACACAAUGCUGCAUUGAGCAACAUUCGCAUCGCAGACUCAGGAAAUCUGUUAUAUGGGUUUGAGAGUGUUGCAGAUAAAGAAAGAGUAGUUAUCUUGAGCCUUGCGUCACACCAGAAAGUGUUUGGAAAGCCAUCAACUGCACCAGCCCAGUCACAGAUAUUGGACUCAGCAAAUUCCGUGUUGCAGCAUUUGCAACAGUUUAGCCGAGCAGAUCUCAUCAGAGAGGCAUCGUUACAAGCUCAGCCAAGUGACACAGCGAUGCUUAUGCUCAAUUCCUCUGGCACGCCAGUAUUAUCAAUCGUGCAACAGUCGAAGGACGAUGGAUCCGUCGUUCAGGAAGCCUUUGACACUGAAGGGAAUACGAGCACUCGAAGCAUUCUGCAUAUUCCAAGCUCCCUUUCUCAUGACGCCGAUGUCACGCUGCUCAGUCCGGGCGAGUCCGGGUCAGAGCACCAAUCCGAGCCCGUUAAGGUGCUCUUAGGCGUACACCCGAAAAGCUCCUACUCAUUUAAAGAAACCGCCACGGUGGAAUCAGUAGAAGAGUCAAUGCCGGUCAUGUUUCAGCGGGACAAAAGUUCGAUCAGAAAGGUGCAGGGACAGAUCCAAUAUUCAGUCGAAGACAACUCAGCGCCUCGGUCCCUCGACUUAGCGACCCUGGAGUAA